UGGCUCGUGAGCCCAUUGUUGCGCGGCGAUGACGUAGCGGGUGAGUGACAGUGCGCGGCGCGGUGAGACAAAGGAGGGCAGCAUUGAAUUCUGCGACCAGAGCGCGAGAGCAGGAGCGGAGCGGCCUGAGUCAAGCCGAAGAGGGAGCAGCACUUACCCGAGACGAACUGCGAGUGGCAGUCACUCCCUACCUCCAGUGUGCACCGCGAGGGUGCACGCCAUGCCGAGCACUCUCUACCAUCCCGACAUGCCCGAAGCGGAGCCCGAGCCGGACCCGGACCCUCAGGACGAGCAGCUGUGCUUAACCCUGGACCAACUCUCGCUUAUCGGUUUGGAGGAGCGGCCGAGAGAAAUUGAAUUGGACCUCGCGGUGGCCGGCGAUGGGGCCGGCUUUGUUGGACUUGCCAUGCUGGAGCACCCAGCCUCACCGACUUCUUGCUCCUCCCCGCCAAUGCCAGUUGCUGCCGCCCCGGACAUCUUCGGCCCUGGCUUCCACAUGGCUGCCCCGUCUCACCAUUCGGUGCUGCUUGAAACGGGUAGCCGCAAAAGGAGUGUCAACAUGACGGAGUGUGUACCGGUGCCGAGCUCGGAGCACGUCGCCGAGAUUGUGGGCAGACAAGGCUGCAAGAUCAAGGCCCUGCGAGCGAAGACCAACACCUAUAUUAAAACCCCAGUGCGUGGAGAAGAGCCCGUGUUCAUUGUGACGGGCCGCAAGGAAGAUGUGGACAUGGCCAAGCGGGAGAUCCUGUCUGCCGCAGAGCAUUUCUCUAUGAUCCGAGCUUCCAGGAACAAAGCCAAUGCUGGGGGGUUGAUGGGCAGUACCUCCCUUUCAGCACCUCCCAAUCUGCCCGGCCAGACCACCAUUCAGGUGCGAGUGCCUUACCGGGUGGUGGGUCUGGUGGUGGGCCCCAAGGGGGCCACCAUUAAGAGGAUCCAGCAACAAACUCACACAUACAUCGUGACACCCAGUCGAGACAAGGACCCUGUGUUUGAAGUGACGGGCAUGCCUGAGAAUGUGGAUCGGGCACGUGAAGAGAUAGAGACCCACAUCACCCUGAGGACGGGGGCUUUUGUGGACUUGCAAGGAGAGAAUGACUUCCACAGUAAUGGGACUGAUGUGAGUCUAGAGGCUUCAAGCUUGUCCAUGGGUGCUGCCUUGUGGACAAGAGCACCAAGUGGUACCCAUGUGGCAGCUAGUGCCAGGAAGGUGGCUACAUCUGCAUUCCGUAAUGGCAGUUUGAGCUCUUUGGGCUCGGGGUCUACUGAGUCUCACUACAGUAAUGCUGGGGGACGGCUAGCAGACACAAGCCCCACUAGCCCUUUCAGCACGGGCAGUGGCGGCUUUACCUUUGGACCGGACCCCGGCCCUACUUUGCCGACAGCUGACGAUGUGGGUUUUGAGUUUAGCGGUGGCACUGGAAACAUCUGGGCACCUUUUCUCAAUGGAGGCGUCCAGCAGCGACGCAACAGUGGGCUGAGUGGGGGUGCUCUCACCCCUCGUCUCUCCCCAACACUUCCGGAGUCUCUGCUAACGGAACACCCACUGAGCACCCUUUCUUGGCUGCAGAGCAGUAGCUCUGCCCCGUCUUCCUUUUCCAGCAGCACCCCCGGCUACUCCUCUUCGUCUUCUUCACUACCAGGUAGCUUCUCUUCAGCAGCCUCUGGGGGCUCCCCUCCAGAUUCCGAAGGCAGUGGGCUGGGUCACUUAAAGACUGUGCGGGAGUGCUCGGUGUGCUUUGAGAGUGAGGUGACUGCUGCUCUGGUGCCCUGUGGCCAUAAUCUCUUCUGUAUGGAGUGUGCCGGACAGAUCUGCGAGUCGGCACAGCGCGAGUGUCCAGUUUGUCACACUCCAGCGACCCAAGCCAUCCGCAUAUUCUCUUAAUGUGUGAGCGAGGUGGGUGCACUUUUAAUGGCAAAGGGGGAUGGAGGGGACUCGCUCUCCUUCUCUUCUGCCAAGCAGCCACUUGACCAAUCAGGAAAGGUCUGGCUGUGAGGGGUGGCCACUCUCAAGUCAGCUCUUUAUGCUUUUUUUUUUAUUUUCAAUAAGUGGAAUAAGACCAAAACUCCAAGGGUGAGGGGGCAUUAAUUUGGGCAUUUUUGGAUCAAACAAAUGGCAGGUGCUUUUAAAUUAUAAGAUGUAUCAUCUUUUUAUUAACUUGUACAGACAGUUUGAACAGUUGGCCGCUUCCAUUUGUCAAAUGUAUGGCGGGGUCGAGCCUACAGACAUGGGGUGGGGUCACCGCUGACUUUCCCGUCUACUCACUCAUUAUUUAUUUUAUUUAUUCAUCUUGAUCUUGAGUCUUAGACUACUGGGCAGAGUGCUGCCAGUUAUGCCUGCCAUCCCAACACAAUGUCCCCCCCACCCCAACCACUCAUUAUGUGGUUGCAGCACCCCAAGGUGCAGUGUUGGCCUUGCAGGAACACAGAUGCAUACUCAUUCUUUUACUUGUGUAGGUGAUUUAUAGCAGAAUUAACUUUAUUGAAGAAAUUUUAAGAAUUAAAUAUAUUUUAUUUUAAAUUACGGACCUUUAAUCCUUUGGCGCCGCUGAAGUAUCAAGAUAAAUAUACAUAUAUACAUAUAUAUAUAUUUGAAGUGACUUAAUGGUUAUGAUAAAUUGUAUUA